AUGAUUGAAAACAGCAAAGACACCGAACCGUCCACCUUCACUCUCUUCAGCCGCCUACCCGCAGACAUCCGCCAGGAAAUAUGGCGCAUCGCAGCCUCCGAACCCGCCUACACCCCCGGCAUCUGCUUCUUCCCCGCGCCCACCGCCGGCAACACCACCAACCACAAACCCGGCAACCUCACCGUCCAAGAGCCCGCCAACAUCAACAUCCUCGCCACCAACACCGAAGCCCACGACAUCGCCCUCGUCUCCCCUCCGAUCACCCGCCUCUACGACCCGGCUAUCGACAUCCUCUUCCUGCGCCCCCGGAGCUUCCGCCAUUUCACCGGCCACCACUGCAGCUUCGGCGGCCCCGCCUGGGUGACUGAAGUCCGCCACCUCGCUCUCGGCCUCUCUAUCACCCUGUUUCUGGAGCCUGCCAUCCCCCGCUUAACGUCGCUGCAGACCCUGUCUGUUGUGUACCCCGCGGCGUCGGGCACCUUUGCCUUUGACACCGACGUCGAUCCAGACUCACUCUCCAAUGGCGACCCUGACCCCAACAACUCCAACUUCAACCCCAGGUCUAACCAGCCCUUACGCCUCCGACGCCUCACCCCAGCCGAGCUUGACGCCUUAACCAUCGAGGCAGAUUACAUGUACCAGUCGGGGCAGAAGUCAUUCCCAAUACGGUGGACGAGGAGCGGUAAAAAGCAUAUGGAGAUGGUGGAGCGGGGGUUGAACCGGUAUUGUCGACCGGAGCAUGUCGGGGAAGAUAGGCUGUCGCCACUGUGGGACCACGCGGCGAACAGGCUGGGGAUACGGUAUGUGGCGAGGGUGUUUGUGAGGGGGGUGGGGAGGGGGAGGUUUGCGGGUUGA